AUGGAUCCCCUGCUAGUACAUCAUCCAUUCUGGGGAUUCGGCAUUUGGCAGCAGAUCUUGCCAUGCUGUCUGCUCAGCGCCGCUCUCCUGGCCAUGGCCUUCGUCACUGUUUGGUACCAGAGAAGUCGUCGCCCGGCUCCACAGCCCGAAAUCUCCGAAGAGGAAAAGGAUCAACUCAUUGAGGACUGGACGCCGGAGCCGCUGACGCCGCCACUCGAUCCGUACCACCAUGCUCUACGACCUCGGCAGGUGACCUCAAUCUACGGCAAGCGGAUUACCGUCGACAAAGUGGCUUGUCUCAACUUUGCUACACACAACUACCUCGGUUUCGUUGAGGAUCAAGAAUGUCUGAAUGCGGCGACUUCUGCACUGGAAACGUAUGGCGUCGGCAGCUGUGGUCCGAGAGGAUUCUUCGGCACGGUGGACGUUCAUUUGCAGUUGGAGGAGAAGAUUGCCGCCUUCAUGGGAACUGAGGAAGCAAUCCUCUAUUCUUUUGGCUUUUCAGCCAUCUCCAGCUCCAUUCCGGCUUACGCUAAAGUCGGCGAUGUCAUCUAUGCUGAUGAAGGCGUCAACUUUGCCGUUCAACAAGGCUUGAAAGCUUCGCGUUCAACAAUUCACUACUUUAAGCACAACGACGUUGAAGAUUUGGCCCGUCUAAUUAACGAGCAGGCACUUGAUGAUGAAAAAAACCCAAAGUUAGCCAAAACUCGCUGCAGUUUCAUUGUCGUCGAAGGCCUGUACAUCAACUAUGGUGACAUUUGCCCGCUACCUGAGAUUGUCAACCUGAAACACAAACACAAGAUGCGCCUCUUCAUUGAUGACAGCUGCGCUUUUGGCGUUCUUGGCGCAAGUGGCCGCGGCGUGGUCGAGCACUACGACCUGGACGUGUCAAUGGACGUGGACAUGAUCGCUGCCAGUCUCGAGUAUGGCAUCGCCGCCUAUGGUGGCUUCUGCACCGGCAGUUACUACAUCAUCGAUCACCAGCGACUCUCUGGCCUCGGUUACUGCUUCUCUGCCUCAUUGCCACCGCUUCAAGCUGCGGUUGCCCUGAAGUCAAUCGACCUCAUUCUCCGGGAGCCAGAGCGGGUGCUCCUAGUUCGAGAACGCAGCACAGUGAUGCACAGCCUGUUGACUACAUCGUCUCGUUCUAAGUAUUUCACUGUAUACGGCNUUCUCCGGGAGCCAGAGCGGGUGCUCCUAGUUCGAGAACGCAGCACAGUGAUGCACAGCCUGUUGACUACAUCGUCUCGUUCUAAGUAUUUCACUGUAUACGGCUCUGCGGUUUCCCCCAUCAAGCACCUUCGAUUUGCUGUGCCCAUUGAGCAGGCAAUGAAGAGUCGACAGGAGCCAUCUGCCCGGCUGAAGAGAGCUAAUAAAAGCUUUUACAGCUUCAAGGAACGCACUUGCAGUGUGCUGGACACUUACCGUCUAGAAGCUGUCGUCAAUUAC